CUGAAAACCGAAAGCCCGUGGCUGCCCUUAAUGACGCCGCCAAGUCAUGAACUUCAACUUCAGAGGAGAAGGUGAAGAUGGCGUAAGGAAUUUGGCAUCGCUAGCAGGCCGGAGCUUGAGCUCGUUUCCUCGCCGGCCACAUAGUUUAUGUAGCUUCUCCACGAAUCAGUUUACGCCACCGCGUGCUUCCAAAGCCGGCAUCGUCUCUUCCAGCACGGCAGCUGGACUGGUCGAGGAUCUUCUGUUUGAUGAUGUAGUCUCUGGACCUCGUAAGUCUGAUACUGAUCCGAUCCCGCUCCAACCUGGCGUGGUCGUGUAUGACGGCGUUUGCCAUCUCUGUCACAAAGGGGUGAAGUGGGUGAUUGAAGCAGACAAGGAUAGGAAGAUUAAGUUUUGUUGCCUUCAAUCAAAAGCUGCUGAACCAUACAUGAGUUUGCGUAGUGUUGAUAGAAAUGAUGUGCUUCGCCGAUUCUUGUUCAUUGAACGCCCAGGUCUAUACUAUCAAGGCUCUACUGAUAAUUUUUUGGACUUAGGCGCAUGGAGUCAAAUAGUCUUGUAAAUGACCAAAUUAAAUGCAGAUCGAGACCGAGGGUGUAUUGCAGGUUGUUAUGUAGAAAGGAUUUCACUUGGAUAGCAGAAUCUUGACAUUGCAGGAUGUUUUCUACUUGUCUAUAAAGGAAUAUGCACUUUUUAAUAGAUAGAAAUAUUGGGACAUAUUUGUAUUUCUCUUAAUUUAUCUGUGUAGUAUAAAUAUACCAUCAGGGCACCCUAUUAGGGUACGCCAUUAUUCCAUAAUAUUGUAUAUGGUAUCAGAGCCUAGGUUAACCUAGAACCUAGCCGUCGUUCUUCUCUUUCUUCCCAAUGGCAUCGACUUCCGCUAACUCCACGAUGGCUUUCUCUUCAACGAUCCCAACGUCCUCCAUCGCCUCUAUUCAACACCAUGUACGUAGGCACUAGCUAGUUGACCCUGAUAAUCACAAACACAUAAAACAACGAGAACAUACUUUUUAUAUUUUGAGGUCCAACUCCUUAACGCUAAAUUUUAUUGACA